UUUUUUUAUAAAUUGUGAAAAAUCGCGAGGAUACCUAAAAAAAUUAAAAAGAGGAUUAAUAGAGUUAAUAAAAAAAGUGACUUGUGCAAAAAAAAAAUAAAAAAAAAAAAUAUUUUAAAAUAAAAAACUAAAAUUUACAAGCACAACUCUGCCACAUUUCAUCCUCUUUUAGAAAAUAGUUAAAAAUCAAUGGAUCCCGUCUGAAAUUCCGCAAUAUGACGACGAAGCUCCUGAUACUCUUAACAACUUUACAAAUAAUUUUCAUCAAUGCUCAACUCUUCAAUCAAAAUCGCAAUGCUGUAGCGCUUUCCGGUAGAAAUUCUGCGAAUGCCAUAUCACGUGGUCAUACUCACAUCGUCGAAAUCGAUGUAAAAUGUGAGCCCAAAGGAAUGAUUGUUUCCAUCGAGUUCGAAGAACCCUUCGAUGGCAUUGUCUACAGUCGCGGUUACUUCAACGAUCCGAAAUGUCGGUAUGUCAAGGCUGGCGGUAGAAGUAACUCAUACACGUUCAAUGUGCCAUACAAUGGUUGCGGCAGUAAACCAUCGUGUGCGGUUUGCGAUUCCGUAGACAACGUCUUGAUCAUCCAAUCGGAUGAAGAAGUACAAGAAACAUGGGAUACCGCACGUCGCAUCACUUGUUCAAACUCCGAACAACAAGAGAAGCGAAUUCUCUUCAAGCCAUUUGUCGUUGACAAUUUAGAGGUUAUCGAUGUACCCACGCAAAAUGGCGGCGUCAAAUGUUGGAUGGAUGUUAUGCGGGGACAAUAUCCGAGUGUUUCUCCCAUCACGGAUAUCAUCAAGAUUGGCGAAACUUUGAGCAUUCUCGUGUUUUUGCGCGAUGAACGUCGCGAAUACGAUAUCAUAGUGCGGGAUUGUUAUGCCUUUGAUGAUGCGGAUUAUGAUGCUGCGACAACAGGACGCAUUCAGUUAUCCGACAAAUAUGGAUGUACGAGAAAACCAAAGUUGUUUGGAGCAUGGGGAAGAUCAACGAAUACAGGAGAUACGGGAGCCACGUUGAUUUUGCAUAAUAAUAUCAAUGCGUUCAAGUUCCCUGAUAAGACUCAAGUUUUUCUUAAAUGUGAUAUUGAAGUUUGUCGCGGAGGAUGUGAGAUCCCAAUUUGUGAUGAAACUAAACAAAUUACGACGCAAUCGCCUCAAACAACUCGUCGACCAAUUACAACGACAAGAAUUCCCAUUACAACGACGUAUCAAACGAGUAGAAGACCUGUUCCGACAACUACUCAAAGACCUUCCUGUCCUUCAGGAUUGAUUCUUUUACCUAACGGACAGUGCGGAUGUCGACAAGGAUUGAUUCUUCAAAACAAUCAAUGUGUUUAUCAAACGACUCAACGCCCUGUUCCGACAACUACUCAAAGACCUUCCUGUCCUUCAGGAUUGAUUCUUUUACCUAACGGGCAGUGCGGAUGCAGACAAGGAUUGAUUCUUCAAAACAAUCAAUGUGUUUAUCAAACGACUCAACGCCCUGUUCCGACAACUACUCAAAGACCUUCCUGUCCUUCAGGAUUGAUUCUUUUACCUAACGGGCAGUGCGGAUGCAGACAAGGAUUGAUUCUUCAAAACAAUCAAUGUGUUUAUCAAACGACUGAACGCCCUGCUCCAAAAACAACAAAAAGACCUGCUCCUCAGCCUACAGUUUCAACUGAAGGUCCGACAUAUUUGCCUCCUGAUUCAACAUACAGACCUACGAGACCUCCGCCAACGCCAUCAACUUCGCCGAAUCUUCCUCGUUGUUAUCCAGGCAGUACAGAUCCUCGUUGCCCGACAAAACCAACGCCAGGUCCUCUUGUUUGUACAGAUGGGCAAAUUUUGAUACCCGAAACAGGAAGAUGCGGAUGCCCUCCGGGUUUGAAAUUGCAAAAUGGGCGUUGUCAAUGCCCUAAUGGUUUGUUAUUGUUGUCAGAUGGAACGUGUGGUUGUCGAAAUGGACAAAAACCUAAUGCUGAUGGUUCAUGCGGAAGAAUUACAACGCCAAAACCAAGCAUUAGACCAACAACUCAAAGACCAACGUAUCCGUCAACGACGUUUGCACCGAUUUCGUGUGCUUUUGGUUUACAACCAAAUGAAAGAGGAGAAUGCGUUUGUCGAGAUGGAAGGCCUCCAAAUUCAAAUGGUUCGUGUGAACGUAUUACGAGACCUCCGCCAACUUUACCGCCAUCAACGAGACCUCCAAUUACAGUUGCUCCAUGCCCAUCGGGUCUCGUAAGAAGUCCUAAUGGUAAUUGCGUUUGUAGAGAUCGUGGAUUUAUUUAUGAAAAUGGAAGAUGUAUUCCGCCGCCAACUCCUCCUCAAGAUUGUCCUUUUGGAUUGAUCUUGAAUGCAAGAGGUGACUGUGUUUGUGCAAAUGAUGGAAGAAUACCAAAUUUUGACGGAUCAUGUGAAAGAGCUCUUCCGACAACUACAAGACAACCAAUUCCAACAACAUUGGCGCCUUGUCCUACAGGAUUAAUUCGAGAUAAUCGUGGUAAUUGUGUUUGUACACGUGGAUUAGUUUUACAAAAUGGAAGAUGCGUUCCUCCAUCAACUGUUGCUCCAACUACGCAAUCUCCUCCAAGAUGUUAUCCCGGAUCAACUGAUCCUCGAUGUCCCAAACCAACAACAACUACAGGAAGACCAUUCACAAUUAUUCCUGCAUGCGAACAAGAUAAGAUUCUUACUUCUGAUGGAGAAUGCAUUUGCCCGCGUGGGCUUAUAGAAGAUCAAUUUGGUCGAUGUGUAUCAAUAGGUCGAACAACAACACAAGGUCCGACAUAUUUACCUCCUGUUACAUGCCCGCCUACAUUCAUUUUGGAUAAACGAUCAAAUCAAUGUGUAUGUCAACCUCCAUUAGUGCAACAAGGAAGUCGAUGUGUUGCUGUAACAACUCCAAGACCAAUUAUUACGACGACACAAAAAUCAUGUGCUCCGCCUUUAGUAUUGGAUAGCUUUGGAAGAAAUUGUGUUUGUCCGAUUCCCGGGCAAUACUUCAGCAAUGGACAAUGUUUUUCUCCAACGACGAGACCUCCAAUUACAACAACUAGCAGACCUUCUUGUCCUUCAGGAUUAAUUCUUCUUCCUAACGGGCAGUGCGGAUGUCGACAAGGAUUAAUUCUUCAAAACAAUCAAUGUGUUUCUCCAACGACGAGACCUCCAAUUACAACAACUGCAAGACCUUCUUGUCCUUCAGGAUUAAUUCUUCUUCCUAACGGGCAGUGCGGAUGUCGACAAGGAUUGAUUCUUCAAAACAAUCAAUGUGUUUAUCAAACGACGAGACCUCCAAUUACAACAACUUCAAGACCUUCUUGUCCUUCAGGAUUAAUUCUUCUUCCUAACGGGCAGUGCGGAUGCAGACAAGGAUUGAUUCUUCAAAACAAUCAAUGUGUUUCUCCAACGACGAGACCUCCAAUAAUAACAACUACAAGACCUUCUUGUCCUUCAGGAUUAAUUCUUCUUCCUAACGGGCAGUGCGGAUGCAGACAAGGAUUGAUUCUUCAAAACAAUCAAUGUGUUUCUCCAACGACGAGACCUCCAAUUACAACAACUGCAAGACCUUCUUGUCCUUCAGGAUUAAUUCUUCUUCCUAACGGGCAGUGCGGAUGCAGACAAGGAUUGAUUCUUCAAAACAAUCAAUGUGUUUCUCCAACGACGAGACCUCCAAUAAUAACAACUACAAGACCUUCUUGUCCUUCAGGAUUAAUUCUUCUUCCUAACGGGCAGUGCGGAUGUCGACAAGGAUUGAUUCUUCAAAACAAUCAAUGUGUUUCUCCAACGACGAGACCUCCAAUUAUAACAACUACAAGACCUUCCUGCCCAUUUGGAUUGAUUCUUUUACCCAAUGGUCAAUGCGGAUGUCAAAAUGGACAAAUUUUAGUUAACAAUCGUUGCGAAACAGCUAUUCAGACUUCAACAAAGGGACCAGAAUAUCUACCUCCUUUUAAUCCAUCUACAACAUUUAGACCACAAAAUCAAUGCGGUUCGGGACAAAUUCUUCUUCCAAAUGGUCAGUGUAGUAAACCUGUAACAACUCAAAGACCUCCAAAUUGUUAUCCUGGAAAUACAGAUCCCAGAUGCCCUCAAACGCCAACUACUCGACCUCCGCCAUCAUGUCCUCCAACUUUUAUCAUUGAUACACGUACAGGACAAUGUGUUUGUCAACCUCCAUUAGUGCAACAAGGAAAUCGAUGUGUUGCUGUAACAACUCCAAGACCAAUUAUUACAACAACUCCAAAAUCAUGUUCUCCUCCAUUGAUUUUGGAUAGUUUUGGAAGAAACUGUGUUUGCCCGAUUCCCGGGCAAUACUUCAGCAAUGGACAAUGUCUUUCUCCAACGACGAGACCUCCAAUUAUAACAACUCAAAGACCUUCCUGCCCAUCUGGAUUGAUUCUUUUACCUAACGGGCAGUGCAGACUUCAAAACAAUUGUUUAUCAAACGACUCAACGCCCUGUUCCGACAACAACUCAAAACCUUCCUGUCCUUCAGGAUUGAUUCUUUUACCUAACGGACAGUGCGGAUGCAGACAAGGAUUGAUUCUUCAAAACAAUGAAUGUGUUUAUCCAACGACUCAACGCCCAACAACUCAAAGACCUUCCUGUCCUUCAGGAUUGAUUCUUUUACCUAACGGGCAGUGCGGAUGCAGACAAGGAUUGAUUCUUCAAAACAAUGAAUGUGUUUAUCCAACGACUCAACGCCCAACAACUCAAAGACCUUCCUGUCCUUCAGGAUUGAUUCUUUUACCUAACGGGCAGUGCGGAUGCAGACAAGGAUUGAUUCUUCAAAACAAUCAAUGUGUUUAUCCAACGACUCAACGCCCAACAACUCAAAGACCUUCCUGUCCUUCAGGAUUGAUUCUUUUACCUAACGGACAGUGCGGAUGCAGACAAGGAUUGAUUCUUCAAAACAAUCAAUGUGUUUAUCAAACGACUCAACGCCCUGUUCCGACAACUACUCAAAGGCCUUCGUGUCCUUCAGGAUUGAUUCUUUUACCUAACGGGCAGUGCGGAUGCAGACAAGGAUUGAUUCUUCAAAACAAUCAAUGUGUUUAUCCAACGACUCAACGCCCAACAACUCAAAGACCUUCCUGUCCUUCAGGAUUGAUUCUUUUACCUAACGGGCAGUGCGGAUGCAGACAAGGAUUGAUUCUUCAAAACAAUCAAUGUGUUUAUCCAACGACUCAACGCCCAACAACUCAAAGACCUUCUUGUCCUUCAGGAUUGAUUCUUUUACCUAAUGGUCAGUGCGGAUGUCAACAAGGUUUGAUUUUACAAAACAAUCGUUGUGUUUCAGCAAUUCAAACUUCAACAAAAGCUCCUGAAUAUCUUCCCCCAUAUAAUCCAACAACUUCUCGACCCAUCAUUACGACACAAAAAUCAUGUGCUCCGCCUUUAGUUUUGGAUAGCUUUGGAAGAAAUUGUGUUUGCCCAAUUCCCGGGCAAUACUUCAGCAAUGGUCAAUGUUUUUCUCCAACGACGAGACCUCCAAUUACAUCAACUACAAGACCUUCUUGUCCUUCAGGAUUGAUUCUUUUACCUAACGGACAGUGCGGAUGCAGACAAGGAUUGAUUCUUCAAAACAAUGAAUGUGUUUAUCCAACGACUCAACGCCCAACAACUCAAAGACCUUCCUGUCCUUCAGGAUUGAUUCUUUUACCUAACGGACAGUGCGGAUGCAGACAAGGAUUGAUUCUUCAAAACAAUCAAUGUGUUUAUCCAACGACUCAACGCCCAACAACUCAAAGACCUUCCUGUCCUUCAGGAUUGAUUCUUUUACCUAACGGACAGUGCGGAUGCAGACAAGGAUUGAUUCUUCAAAACAAUCAAUGUGUUUAUCAAACGACUCAACGCCCUGUUCCGACAACUACUCAAAGACCUUCCUGUCCUUCAGGAUUGAUUCUUUUACCUAACGGGCAGUGCGGAUGCAGACAAGGAUUGAUUCUUCAAAACAAUCAAUGUGUUUAUCCAACGACUCAACGCCCAACAACUCAAAGACCUUCUUGUCCUUCAGGAUUGAUUCUUUUACCUAAUGGUCAGUGCGGAUGUCAACAAGGUUUGAUUUUACAAAACAAUCGUUGUGUUUCAGCAAUUCAAACUUCAACAAAAGCUCCUGAAUAUCUUCCCCCAUAUAAUCCAACAACUUCACGACCCAUCAUUACGACACAAAAAUCAUGUGCUCCGCCUUUAGUUUUGGAUAGCUUUGGAAGAAAUUGUGUUUGCCCAAUUCCCGGUCAAUACUUCAGCAAUGGACAGUGUCUUUCUCCAACGACGAGACCUCCAAUUACAACAACUACAAGACCUUCCUGUCCUUCAGGAUUGAUUCUUUUACCUAACGGGCAGUGCGGAUGCAGACAAGGAUUGAUUCUUCAAAACAAUCAAUGUGUUUAUCAAACGACUCAACGCCCUGUUCCGACAACUACUCAAAGACCUUCCUGUCCUUCAGGAUUGAUUCUUUUACCUAACGGGCAGUGCGGAUGCAGACAAGGAUUGAUUCUUCAAAACAAUCAAUGUGUUUAUCAAACGACUCAACGCCCUGUUCCGACAACUACUCAAAGACCUUCCUGUCCUUCAGGAUUGAUUCUUUUACCUAACGGGCAAUGCGGAUGUCGUCAAGGUCAAGUAUUAGUUAAUAACAACAGAUGUGAAUAUCCAACAACGCCUCGUCCCACGUAUCCUUCAACUACAUUUGUGCCAUCUACGCCAAGCCCAUGCUAUCCAGGUUCUCCUGAUCCCCGAUGCCCUCAAUCUGACAAACCUACAUUUGCCGGUCCAACAUAUCUACCCCCAUUACUGCCCUCUGCUUCUGCUCGUCAAGGCAGAACGCUCUUCAACAACGAAAUUAUCCAAGACAUUAACGCAAUGUUGGAACAUAGUGCUCCUGAUUUCAAUGAAAUCGUAUCUAGAUUAGAUGACUCACAAACCAGAUUUAAGCGAUCCAUUGACACUGACGGAGAACCCAAGGAAAUUAUCUCGCUGACACUUAGUUUCAAGGGAUAUCAAACAGAAUAGAAAGAACAAUUACUUCUUUUAGAUAAUACUCAUAAGACGAGACAUUAGCAUUUGGCACAGUAUUAAAUUAAUUCAGUAUAUCGUAAGGCCAUUUUGAUGAACAACUAAAAAUAUUCCAAAGCAAUACUUUCAUAACUUUUGCUUCCAAGGAUCAAAAUUAUAAAACUGCAAAAGAAAGUGAUGAACAAGAAUACUCAAAAAAAAAA